GUAACAUGAUACGUUUCUUUUACUGCACAAAUUCUAAGACCUUUUGCUUUCACCUUCAAUUUACAUUGAUUUCUCUAGUCUUUACUAACCCCAACAAAUUUUGUUCAUUUUCAACUGAAAACCUACUUCCUCUUUCAUCUUCACUUCCCCUUUCUCUCUCCAAAUUCCAUUAUCAAACUAAAUUUGCUUAUGUGAGAAAUCAUCAAUGGCGUCAUCUUUUAGAUUUUUUGUCUCUCUUUUUAUGAUUCAGUUGGUUUUUCUGGGUUCUUUGAUUACUUUACUCAAUGCUGAUUCUGGGUCUUCCUUGUUUUCUGAUGCUAUACUUGGGAGAAGACAUUCUGAAGAAUAUUGUGCUAUGUAUGAUAUUUGUGGAGAGCGUAGUGAUGGGAAAGUUUUAAAUUGCCCUUACAGCUCACCUUCAAAAAAGCCUGAUGAUCUCUUUUCGGCAAAAAUCCAGAGUUUGUGUCCUACCAUUACUGGUAAUGUUUGUUGUACAGAACGUCAAUUUGACACGUUGCGGUCACAAGUUCAACAGGCAAUUCCUUUAUUGGUGGGUUGCCCAGCUUGCUUGAGGAACUUCCUGAAUCUUUUUUGCGAGCUUUCAUGCUCGCCAAACCAGAGUUUAUUUAUUAAUGUUACAUCCAUUGGCGAGGUAAACGGAAACUUGACUGUGGAUGGCAUUGAAUAUUAUGUAUCUGAAGAUUUUGGUGAAGGUUUAUAUAACUCUUGCAAGGAUGUAAAAUUCGGUAGUAUGAACACAAGAGCCAUAGAUUUUGUUGGGGCUGGUGCAAAAAGUUAUAAAGAAUGGUUUGCCUUCAUUGGUCAGAGGGCUGGAUCCGGCAUGCCUGGAUCUCCAUAUUCCAUCAAUUUUCAGACUAGCGCUCCUGAAUCAUCUGGAAUACAGAUUAUGGAUGUUUCUACCUACUCCUGCAAUGACACUUCGCUGGGCUGCUCAUGUGGUGAUUGUCCUUCAUCACCUGUGUGCUCAAGUUCAGAACCUCCUCAUUCACAGACAAAGGAUUCCUGCUCAGUUAGGCUGGGUUCAUUUGAGGUGAAAUGCAUUGACUUGUCAAUGGCCAUCGUCUAUAUUCUGUUAGUUUCUGCUUUUCUUGGAUGGGGGUUCUUUUACCGUAGAACAGAAAGAACUGGUCUUGCAUCUACUACGACGCCUUUGUUGAGUAAAGUAGAUUCCUUUGGUGAGGCAAAUGAUGACACCCCUAACGUGAAGGAUACUGAGAAAGCGCUGCAGUCUCAGUCUACUGUUCAAGGAUUUAUGAUUGAUGCUUUUAGGAAAUAUGGACUUUGGGUUGCAAGGAAUCCUACCCUUGUGCUGUGCUCCUCUGUCGCCGUAGUUCUUAUACUUUGCUUGGGUUUACUACGUUUCAAGGUCGAGACUCGACCUGAGAAGUUAUGGGUUGGUCCUGGAAGCAAGGCAGCAGAAGAGAAGCACUUUUUUGACACUCACUUAGCUCCUUUCUAUAGAAUUGAACAGCUUAUAUUGGCAACCAGGCCAGAUCCGCAAAAUGGGAAAUCUUCCAGUAUAGUAACAGAGGAUAAUAUACAGUUGCUUUUUGAUAUACAACAGAAGGUUGAUGAACUGAAAGUGAAUUAUUCAGGAUCAAUGGUGUCUUUGUCUGAUAUUUGUUUGAAACCUCUAGGGGAGGAUUGUGCCAUCCAGAGUAUCCUUCAGUAUUUCCAGAUGGAUCCUGACAAUUAUGAUGAAUUUGGAGGAAUCCAGCAUCUUUUGUAUUGCUUUCAGCAUUUUACAUCCACUGACUCAUGUUUGAGCGCUUUUAAAGCACCCCUUGACCCCAGCAUUGCCUUAGGGGGAUUUUCCGGGAAUAAUUAUUCUGAGGCUUCUGCAUUUGUGGUAACUUACCCAGUCACUAAUAUGGUUGAUGAGUCAAGUGAUGCAAAUGGGAAAGCUGUGAAAUGGGAAAGGGCUUUCAUUAAACUGGCCAAGGAGGAACUGUUACCUAUGGUGCAGUCUAGCAAUCUCACUUUAUCUUUUUCUUCUGAAAGCUCAAUUGAAAAUGAACUAAAACGAGAGAGCAGUGCUGAUGUUAUAACAAUUUUAAUAAGCUAUCUUGUGAUGUUUGCUUAUAUAUCACUUACUCUGGGAGACAAACCACAUUUGUCCUCUUUUUACAUUUCAUCCAAGGCUUUACUUGGACUUUCAGGAGUUGUGGUUGUUAUAUUGUCUGUUCUUGGCUCAGUUGGUUUCUUCAGCGCCUUCGGAGUGAAGUCAACUUUAAUAAUAAUGGAAGUCAUCCCCUUUCUUGUUUUGGCUGUUGGAGUUGAUAACAUGUGCAUAUUGGUACAUGCUGCAAAACGGCAGUCAAUUGAAAUAUCCUUAGAAGAACGAAUAAGCAAUGCCCUUGUUGAAGUUGGUCCCUCCAUAACACUUGCUAGUUUAUCUGAGGUGUUGGCAUUUGCAGUGGGAGCUUUUAUCACUAUGCCAGCAUGCCGUGUUUUUUCUAUGUUUGCAGCUUUGGCCGUCUUUCUGGACUUUCUUCUUCAACUCAGUGCUUUUGUUGCACUAAUAGUUUUGGACUUCAAGAGAGCUGAAGACUUCAGAAUUGACUGUUUCCCAUGCAUAAGAAUUUCAUCAGCAUCUGUGGAAUUAAACAGAGAGAUUCAUCAGAGACCUCCAGGACUGCUUACUCGAUAUAUGAAGGAAAUUCAUGCACCCAUUCUUUUACAUCGUGGAGUUAAAGUACUUAUUCUUGCUCUAUUUUCUGGUUUGGCUUUAGCAGGCAUCGCUUUGUGCCCCAGGAUUGAGCCAGGUUUAGAGCAACAGAUUGCUCUUCCUCGGGAUUCAUAUCUUCAGGGCUAUUUUAAUAAUAUUUCAGAGCAUCUCAGAGUUGGACCUCCCCUGUAUUUUGUUGUAAAGGAUUAUAACUACAGUUCUAAUUCAAGGCAUACAAAUCAAUUGUGUUCAAUUAGCAAGUGUGACUCGAAUUCUCUUCUAAAUGAGAUAUCAAGAGCAUCUUUGACACCAGAAUCUAGCUACAUUGCAAAGCCAGCAGCCUCAUGGCUUGAUGAUUUUCUAGUGUGGCUAUCACCUGAAGCUUUUGGUUGUUGCCGAAAGUUUGUUAAUGGUAGCUAUUGCCCUCCUGAUGAUCAGCCUCCAUGCUGUUCACCUGACGAAGGGCCUUGUGGUUAUGGGGGAGUUUGCAAAGAUUGUACUACAUGCUUUCGCCACUCAGAACUUCACAACGAUCGUCCUUCUACUACACAGUUUAGAGAAAAGCUCCCGUGGUUCCUCGAUGCAUUGCCUUCUGCUGAUUGUGCUAAGGGGGGUCAUGGAGCCUACUCUACUAGUCUGGACUUGAAUGGUUAUGAGAGCGGUGUUAUUAGAGCAUCUGAGUUUCGAACGUAUCACACACCAGUCAACAGACAGAGUGACUACGUUAAUGCACUCCGUGCUGCCCGUCAGUUCAGCUCAAAAAUUUCUGAUUCGCUGGAGAUGGAUAUCUUUCCAUAUUCAGUCUUCUACAUAUAUUUUGAGCAAUAUCUGGACAUUUGGAGAACUGCUGUCAUCAACCUAGCUAUUGCCCUUGGUGCUGUUUUCAUUGUGUGCCUAUUCAUAACUUCCAGUUUGUGGAGUUCAGCCAUCAUUUUGCUUGUUCUGGCCAUGAUAGUGGUGGAUCUCAUGGGUGUUAUGGCUAUCCUGGGUAUCCAACUGAAUGCUGUAUCUGUUGUCAAUCUUAUCAUGUCAAUAGGAAUUGCUGUUGAGUUCUGUGUUCAUAUAACACAUGCAUUUUCGGUCAGCCACGGUGACAGAAACCAGCGAGCAAAGGAGGCGCUUGGUACCAUGGGAGCUUCUGUUUUCAGUGGAAUCACAUUGACUAAGCUGGUUGGAGUUAUCGUACUAUGCUUUGCAAGAUCAGAGAUUUUUGUGGUUUAUUACUUUCAAAUGUACUUGGCAUUAGUUAUCAUUGGUUUCCUGCACGGGCUCAUCUUUUUGCCUGUAUUGCUAAGUCUGAUUGGCCCACCUGCCUGUGGACAGAAUGUUAGAUGCUCACAGUCGAUCUAAUUGGAUAUCUGUUAUAUAGACUGUGCUUUCAUUUUAGCAAGAGAACCUUGAUUAGCAGUUGCUCAUACUUUUCUAACCUAUCUCUUAGCGUGGCCAUUGCGAACUACUAGGAUUUUAGGAUUCUAGCUGCUGCUCCAUCAUUAAAUGAAAACUCACCUAACUAAUAUGCUCUACUUUGCACAUUGUGGAUCUUGUAUUGAUGGAGAGAACUAUUAAUUUUGUAAAUAAUUUGCUUGUACUUAAAGCAACAUGGACUAGUAUCAGUAGUAUGUAUGACUCAUUAUGGUAUCUGUUAUAAUAUAAUUCAGAUACUGUAUCUCGAAGGCAAACAAUAUUUUACCAUGCACUGAGAGUUCUAAUUACUGCCUGCA